AUGUCAACUGCGCCAAAUAAAUCACCCUGUUGUAAAUGUUUGCGCUGGUUUCCUCGGGAUGAACUAACUGCCAAGAACUCUUUCUGCGUGCGAUGUGCUAAGAGCCCUUCAGCCAGGGGCGCAAAGUGCCGCUGGUGUAGGGGCAACUUGCCGCUGCCUGAAAAUGGAAAAGAACCGACCUCUGUGACGUGCGAAAACUGUACCAAGUUGCAGCUCAAAUAUGGCCCGCCGGUCCAUUGUACGCUUUGUAAACUUGAAGCGAGUUUCAAAACGAAGCGCGGUUCCAAAGUCUGCCGCCGCUGCGACUACUGCAUUCAAAAUUACGGCAAGCCCAAGUCCUGCGAAAAGUGCAAAGUCAAGGCCGCUUGGGAAGGUGGAAAAAUCGAAAAAAUCAAUGGGCUGACACUGUGUUUUAUUUGCACCUUCAGAGAAAAGAGAAAGACCAAAUUAGGAGUCACAUCUUCCAAAGAGCAGGAAAAUACAAAGCCUAAAUUACAAAAUGGAGAGAUCAAGCCACCAAAAAAGAGUUCCAGCGACAAGUCAAAAGAAAAGGCGAAGGAAAAAUCGAAGAAAAAAGCGGUCAAACAUGUUGAUGAUCCAACAGAAGUGAAGACGAUCGCCGCUCCUAUUACCUCAGAAUCAAUCAUUGAAAACCUCAAAAUCUCGGAAAAAGAAGUCGUCGAGACGAUGCAAGUGGACGAGCACACCAGCGCAAGUAUGCAGGUGAACGACUUGUUGUUGAAGAUCAAGGAGAUGAACGCGGAACUGGCGCGGCGCAAGAAGCUAAUAGAAGAAAAGGAUGUUUGCAUCUCGAGUCUCAAGGGCACGCUGACAUCGGCGACGAGCGAGCACGAGCGGCAGCGAAAGAACUGGGAGUCCAGGCUCAGCGAGCGGAUUUCCGAGUUCAAGGGAAAAAUUCUAAAGCUGGAAACAGAGAAUGCCAAGCUGCGCAAAGAGAAGUCUGAUCGCAAGAAGAAAAACAAGACGAAGAAGAUGGCGAAGCAGACGACCAUGAUACGCAAAGAUCCAAACGCAGUCAAGCUCGAACUUUUCAGCAACAGCCUCAAAAUUCCCGAGCGAUCUUCAAGCAGCAGGACAGGCACGCCAGAACCAAACAUGAAGAGAAAAACUGACAGCGAUUCCGAAAUUGCAAAAAUGACGAUCAAAACGUCCAAAACAUCGCCUCAGCUAGACUCAAGCGACGAGUCCGAAACUGAAAAUAAAAACCCACCAAAACGCAUCAAAACCAUCGAUUCAGACGAUGACGACGACGAAGAGGAGCGAAUUCCAAAAACUGAAAACAAGAGUGACGAUGACGAAAAAUCAAAGCGGAAAAUCAGCUCAGACUCCGACGAUGAUGAUGUGGAAGCAACGCUGAAAGCUAUCGACGAAGAGGAGAAAAAGUCACUUGAGGAGGCGAAUAGAAUAAAAAACGAAUAUGCAGCAUCUCAAGCAGAUGAUAGUAAUGUAAAUGCUUCUUCUAAAUCGCCUUCGCCCGAAGAAGCAAAGGAUGAUCCUCAGAAUAUCGAUGAAGCUGCUGCUGAAUCUCCAAGCGACAAAGCGGAUAGUGAGCAAGCCACUGGGCCCCAAACACCUCCUGACAACCCUCCUGCUGAAGACAAGGAGGAAGAGGAAGGAGUGAAAGACGAAACCGUGCCGAUGUUAUCCGACAGCUCGGAGGACGAAGAUGAUGACUUGAUCGACACUAGGUUUCGAUAUUAG